GCUGCUGCUGCGGGACGGGAGAGGCGAGGAGGCGCGCUCCUCCGUGCGCAGCUGCUGCUCCGUGGCGGGACUCGGGGGAGGGCAGGCGGAAGCCCAGCCCGGCCCCCACCACACCGGGGGAGAUCGGCAGCAGCCCCGAAGGCGCCCCCCCCCCUCCCCGCGCUGCUCUGCUCCGCCUGGGGCGGGCGGGCUGCCUCUCUCGCUGGCCUCCUUGCCUCGCUGCCUUUCCCAAUCCCAGCCCGCCCGGACUCCUUCACGAAGCGGCAGCAGCAGCGGCAGCCUCCUCCGCCGCCCCCCGCCCCUCUUCCUCGGCGCCUCCUCCGCCCCCGCCCCGCAGCCACAUCUGGGUCUCCUCCUUGCGCCGCGCCAGCUCGCCGGCAGAUGCCAGAGAGCCGCCGCCGCCGCCGCUCGCCCAGCCGGCCCGGCCCUCCCCAGGCGCAGCAGCAGCAGCGUUCGUGGUCGCCCUGCUGGGCCCGGCCGCGGGCGAGAGCGCAGCGAAGGCGAGCCCCCCGCUCUGGGCCGGAGGAGCCGGCGGAGCGCGACUGCCUGGCUCGCUCGGGCCCGACGCUGCUGCCUGCCCGCGCAGCCAUGCCGGGAUUGCUGCUCCCUUAGCCCCCCUUGGCAGCGGAGAGGAGGAAGGUCGCUCGGCUCCACCACGCGCAAAGCCUGCCUGCCUGGGACUUCUGCGGGGCGAGGCGAGGCGCCGAUUGGCAGCGGCCGAGAGAGAGAAGGCGGCGGCGGCGGCGGGGCUGCCGUCGUGGGGAUGUCCUGCUCGCGAGGAAGCGGAGGCGCGGGCGGCAGCGGGGGUCCGGCCCGGGCCGCUCCUGCCUCUCUCCAGCUGGGGCUGCUGCUGCUGGCUCAGAUCUUCGCCGCCAAGGUCCUGGCACAUCAGGGUUGUGGAAGUGGGCACUUAACUUCCAGCGGGGAUUGCUGCAGCCUCUGCCCACCAGGCUAUGGGGUUUCUGUCCCCUGUGGCAGCACCGACACCAAGUGCGAGCCGUGCAAAGAGAACGUGACAUUCUCCUCCAUCGCCAGCUCUACAGAACCGUGCCAGCCAUGUUCCGUGUGCCCAGGCCGCAUACCCAUGGGGGGCGCGUGCAGCCCUGUCAAUGACACUGUGUGUGCCUUCAGCUGUCCCCGGGGGCAUUACCUUCCUGCUGGAAAUGGAAGCCGAGGCGACGGGCAAUGCCUUCCCUGCCAGCUGUGCCCAAAAGGCUACGGGGCCACAAAGCCAUGUGGCCCGAAUUCCAACACCAUGUGCCGGCAAUGCCCUGACGGGUAUUACUCGGAGAAGGAGAGCUUUUCGGAGCCCUGCCUCCGCUGCCAGCUGGAGUGCAGCCAGAGCGAGGUGAUGAUCCAGGCCUGCACGCCCCUCUCAGACAUUAUUUGCAUGGACAAAAAGCUACAGAUCCUGACGCGCACAGAAGGAGAACCCCGGAAGGAGUUUCCUAAAAGAACCGCGCUUUUGGACACCGAGGGCAGCGUUUCCAUCAACUCCUCCUCCUCAGAGUUUGUGCCCCCCUUGGCUGAAGAUAACAGCAAGAACAUCAUUCCUGUCUACUGCUCCAUCCUGGCAGCUGUGGUGGUGGGACUCCUUGCCUACGUGGCAUUCAAAUGCUGGACAACAUGUAAACAGAAGCAGGAGCUGGCCAAGGCCCGGGCCGGAGAGCUGGCAACUUCCCCGGAAGGCGAGAAGCUUCACAGCGACAGCGGGGUCUUCCUCGACACUCACAGCCUCCAGGAGCACCACCCUCUCAACAAGGCGCACAAGCUCGAACCCCGGCUCUACGCAAACCUGCCGCCCCACAAGCAGGAAGAGGUGGAGCAGCUGCUGGAGACCCCCGGCCACAGCAAAGAUUGGCGCUGCCUGGCCAAGCGCUUGGGCUACGAGGAAGAAACCAUCCACACCUUUGGCAGGGGGGAAGCUCCCGCCCACACCCUGCUCUCCGAUUGGUCGGGCAGGGCGGGGGCCACCCUGGAGGCCCUGUGCACAGCCCUGGCGGCCAUCGAGAGGGCGGACGUGGUGGAGAACUUGAACAGCCCCGCCGAGAUCAGCUCCGUGGUGUGACGGCCCCGCUCGCCUGGCUGGCAGACUUCUUCGGAGUUUUUCGGGGAGGGGAGUUAAAAAAGGGAAAGCGGGGAGACAGGGAAGAGGAAGGGAGGGGGGGACAUUUUGUUACUGUAAAGGGUUUUUUGUUUUGUUUUGUUUUUUUUAAAGAAACGAGCAGUGAAAACAGCUACCAUGGACAGCACUCCAACCUGCCGGAUGGAUCAUCUUUGGCUACUACGAAGAGAUUCCUGCUGCUGUUCGGCGGGGGGGGGGGGGAGCUAGAAUCCCUGCUGGGUUCUCUGAUUUGUGGCCCUCUGUGGUCUGGAUUGUGGGGAGCAACUGGGGAGGGAAGCCAGCUUCUGUGCAGAGGAGGACUGCCUGGAUGGCUUUUCUACUCUUGGUACAUACCUGUCCGCGGGACUGUGCAUGCUAGAAGUCCGUGGAAAGACAGAAGCCGGGCAGAAGCUGUUACUGGCUGGAAUGCUGCGAUCCCUGAGAACCUGGCUUUCCAUUCGUCCUGAGCGCAAAGGCUGUGGUCUUCGUCUGGAGGGCUCACGUUACAGUUACCUUGCUGAAACUGAACAAUGCCGCGGCCGAGAAGCACCUGGAGGGGGGUGACUGCCUAGGAACCUCCCAUAGGCCGCCUUGCCUUCCUUGACGGAAGGAGGAGGGGAUAUAGGGAUGUGCACGAACUAGUUCAUGCACUCCCGGGAGGUGGGGUGGGGGGCGGUUUCUUUUAAAGGGCAGGGAGGGUGCCUUGACCUGCCCCGUCGCUUUCCCCCUGCUGGCGCUCUCCCCAAAGUGUUGGCGUGGGGCUGCAGCCCCAGUGAAGGCACUCAGGCCGGCCAUUUAAGAACAUACGAACAGCCCUGCUGGAUCAGGCCCAAGGAAGCCCAUCUAGUCCAGUGUCCUGUUUCGCACAGUGGCCCACCAGAUGCCUCUGAGAAGCCCACAGACAAGAGGUCUGUGCCUGCCCUCUCUCCUGCUGUUGCUCCCCUGCAACAGUGUGUGGUGGCGUUCACCGGGGCUGCAAGAAAGUACGCGGCAGCCCCGCACCAACGCUUUUGGGGAGAGCACCGGGUUCUGUCCCCCCCCCCCCGUCUAGUAAAACUGUUAUAAAUCACUCAGACCAAGUCAGGACCCAUGACAUGUCAUGGCAGUCAAAGGCUAACAUGCUGCAGAGUUCUAACGUGUCCACCAUGGCUUGCAGAGCCACCACUGCACACCCAAGAGCAGUGGCAUUGCGGCAGAGAACCGGCAGCAGUGUGGCCAGGGUUCAUUCGAUUCGUGUUGCUGGGGGCAUGGCCGCUGCUUCUCCGCAGUGGUCCCGCUCCUUCCAGCUCUGCAGGACUGAGGCUGCCCUUUCUACCGGACAUGUCAGGGCUGCCAGACUCACAUUGGCCAAUAAUUCUCUCAUUGAUGGUGGAGACAUUUCUCUGCCAAAAGGGUCAUUGCAAGGAGAAGGGGGGGGCUCCUAGGGGGCAUGGCCUCAGAACUCCAUCCCCACCCCAGUUGGCGUCCUCUUGGCAGCAGCGGUUGGCUGGCUGAACCUCUAUCCCUGCAGAGCGGAGUCCUUCUUCCAAGUUGACUCAGGGUACUGGGUGGGUGGGCACCAAGACCCUGGGGAGGUCACUGCUGUAUUGGGCAUGGCCUCCCUAGUGCUGGCCCAUCCAGCCGUUCCUCCUUGUGGCUGCAGGAAGCAAGCUGAGGGGUCAUUUACACCAUCAAACCUGGUGUAAACCUGGUCUACCUGGGUUUGGGAGCUACCCAGGUUUUCCUCUUACCUUGCUUCCACUCAGCCAAUGGUUGGGAGCACACACAGCUCCCAAACCUGGGAAGAAUACAGUUUUUGAAGGUGUGAAGGACCUCUGAGUCUCCACCUGUUCAGCCAACACAGCCCUCCCUCAGGGUAGUGGCUGCACGCCGGGUCUGCAUGGCGACUCAGUACGGGCAGGAUUUGGUGGGAGCUGUUCUGACCCCCAUCCCCUACUAUUUUUGAGCAAGAACGGGGGACCCUCGCCAACUUUGCAGGACAAACCCAUCUGCCCACAGACGCCAAGGCUUCCUGAUCGUUUCAUGGCAGAAUAAAUUAUGCAAAAUGAGACAAUGCAAA